CGAGAGGGGUAUUAUCGUCAACAAUCACGCCAACGAGUACACUUACUGUUGACGCCAAAAUUCCUCUUCGCAGAAGUUCGCCGAUCUCCAACGAUGGCGGGAAUGGAGGAAAUGGAGGCGAUUAAAAAAGCGUAUGCGGAAAUGAUACUCAACACGGCGAAGGAGGCGGCAGCGCGCGUGAUGGCGGCGGAGCUGAGAGCGCGGCGGACGGAGCAGGAAAUGAUGUCAGUUAAGGAAGAGGCUGCGAACAUGCUCCUCCGAUUGAAGCAAAUGAUAGACACAAAGACCAAAGAAGCUGAGAUCACAUCACUGAAACAAAAGAAUAGAUUCGAGGAGCUUGAGUGUCAGCUAAAUGAAGCAGAAGGCAUCAUUUUGGACCUUAGAGAGGAACUGAACCAGGGACAGGAUCAACUUGAUAAGUUGAAGAAGAAAAAAGUGGUCCUUAAGAGAGGGAGUCAAGAAAAUGCAGAAGAGUACAGUUUAACAACUAGGGUCAGAAGUGAAGGUUAUGAGCUCUUGGCUUCUACCUUGAACCCUGAACCAGAAUUUAUUAGCACCAUUGGUAAAAAUAAUUUAUUGUCUGGCUGGAGUGCACUCGCUCAAGGGACUCGGGGUUCUGCUAAACAGAAUGUAAUUGCUUGUUUGGACCAGAUAAUGGAGUCUGAUCAAUUUGGGAAUGGAGGUUCAGAGAGAACUUGUGCAAAUGAAAAAAACUUAGUGGAAGAAACCUUUCCUGAUGUAGAGAAACUGAAUCAAAAUGAAAAUGGCACCAAUGUAGAGAGUGUAAAUGCUGUCGAGCGCACUUCUGUAUUAGAUGAAAACAUCCGAUAUAGAAACAGUGAAGCUGCUUCUAUAGUCCGUCGAAGUGUUAGGAAAAGAAAACUCAAGUUCUGGGAUGAUGUUAUUGCUGCAUGUGGAUUGCAGGUCAAGAAACCUCGUUCAGGAUCUGCAGAAUUUUCAUGUCUGGGUACACGCAAGAUGAAAAAGUGUGCGAAAUCUAGCGAAGACCUGCCAGAUGGUGAUGCUAAAAUUGAAAGUCUUGAUGUUUCAGAGGUCUCAAAAGAAAUUAUUAACAAUGAAGCACCAGAAAACACAGAGUUGGUUGAUGUGCUAGUGAAACAGGAUGACCUUGCUGCAACUUCCGAAUUGUCUAGUGCAUCAAGAAUUGAAUGUGAUGUGGAAGACGGUGCUGCAGAAAAAGCAUCGAAUCUUAGCUAUGGUGAUGGCAACAAACCAUGUAUAUAUACAUUCGACAGGAGAUGGCGGAAGAAAUCUACGAUUCACCCUGAGAAAGUUCUUGAUGGAUCAAGCUUGUCAUGACUGGAUCUUGUAAGAAGCUGGCAACAGGUGCAGGCUGAUCAGUCUGGGAACAGUUUUUGGAUCGUUGAAUUUUGAAGAACUCCGAAGCAGUAAGCCAUGAAGGAUAAAGUGAAGUGGUUUUACAUUUAUUUGUAUUCAUGACAGUCACACAAGCUUCAACUCAAGAGAGAUGCAGAUAUGAGAUACUUUAUCCCUAUUUAUGAUUUGUUUUGCUAUAUAUAACUCAUAUAGUUGUGAUUUCUGUUUAUUGUAGUCAGAUCUUUCCGAUUCGAUGAUGUUGGUACCAAUUCAUCA